AGACGACAGAAAAAGAUACAGAAAAACGAAACGUGCGAGCUGCAAGAUUCACCCAGUGACCCUCGGAUGCAAAGCUGCAGUGUGAUAGCGGGCGGAAAUCAAGAGUGGCAAACGUUCACGAGUGUCACUAAAAUCACAAGCCGGGUGAAGUGUGGAAACUGCAGCCAGGAUGCAGCUAGCAUUACAUUCAAACCAAGUGAAAACGUGAAAAUGCACCCUCCCUUCGCUCCUUCCAUUGUGGACAGCACCAACAUUACCUGGACUCUGAACCAGAGUCUGAUCUCACUGUACCUUCAGCAAAGAGAGUUUCAAAUCCGAUUCAAACGCAAAGAGAAAUCCUGGGAGGACGCCAGGGUGAUCUCCGAACUUCGCGGUCAGGAGUGGACCCGGCUCAACGAGAAGUGGCUGGACCGGGAUGCGGUGUACGAGACUCAGGUUCGAGUCAAACCCCGAGAACAUGCAGGAGAGUGGAGCGAGUGGAGCCCAGUGACUGAGUGGAGAUCUCAAGUGGGAAAUUAGAAAAGGCCGUGGUGCAGUUUAGGCAGAACCUUGGACUUAAGAAUUAAUUUAAGAAUCUUUACCAGACCAGUCUAAUUCCGCUGCCUGAAGCCAUCUAUUUUCUGUGCGGAAAUCAAAUCAGUCUUUCUUCCCCUUGCUACUAGGAACAAAAAAUAAUUAAUUGUCCGGUUCCCUGCACACCAGUCUCCAGAGUUCACACACGUCUCCCGCACAAUUAUCCGAUUCAGCCCGCUGUCCUUGUGAUGCAGGGACGAGAACAUUAGGAACUUGCAUUACAAACUAGUACGACUGUAAGCAGGCUAACACCUGUUGCUUAUUUUUUAGUAAAAGGGCUGACGAUGAAGACAGCAAAAGCGCGUCUAUGUAACUCCCGCGGAUAUAGCUCCCGAGAAUAGCAAAGUGAUGUCACAAGUCAAUUAUUUAAAAUAAUACCGGUAUAUCCUGGCGCUGCAGCACAGCAUCUCCGCAAUGCAUUCAGUACUGAGUGGGCUCCAGAAAUGGCGCCUGUAAUUGAGCACCGAACUGCAUCACGGGAUUGACUGUCCUGUCCUUCUUUAUAGAGUCCUACAGCCUGGAGAUCACAGGUUCGAAUCCAGGGUACGUCAGCGUCUGUGACCGGGUAGGGGGGGCUUCGGUCGGCAGGGGAAUCCGCGCAACAGCGACCCCCUGUGGCCGAUGGGGCGACUGCGGUCCUGCAGUGCCCUUAUGGAAAAAACAAACAUAUUUUUAAUAUAUGGUUGAAAGGUGUGAUCCGUAUAUUUUUCAUAGAUAGAAAUUGGCCCCUUUUGUAUAUAUUUAAAAUAUAUGGGAUGUAUUUAAAAUAUAUAUUUUAGUCUGUAAUCCAUAUAUGUUAUAUGUUGAAAAUAUAAUGGUGCACCAUAUAUUUUCAUUAUUAUUAUUAUUAUUAUUAUUAUUAUUAUUAUUAUUAUUAUUAUUAUUAUUUAUUUCUUAGCAGACGCCCUUAUCCAGGGCGACUUACAAUUGUUACAAGAUAUCACAUUAUUUUUACAUACAAUUCCCCAUUUAUACAGUUGGGUUUUUACUGGAGCAAUCUAGGUAAAGUACCUUGCUCAAGGGUACAGCAGCAGUGUCCCCCACCUGGGAUUGAACCCACGACCCUCCGGUCAAGAGUCCAGAGCCCCUGACCGCUUCAGGUUUAAUCCAUAUAAAAUAAAUAUAUGGAUUACAGACUAAAAUAUAUUUUAAACAUAUCCCAUAUAUUUUAAAUAUAGAUAUAAAAAGGGGGGGGCCAAUUUUUAUAGGUGAAAAAUAUACAGAUCAUACUUUUCUACCCUAUAUUAAAAUAUAUAUGUUGUUUUUUUUUCUAUAAGGGUGGAGGCGUUCAGAUCUGGGUUGUUCUCCGGCAGUAUAGGUCUGCUGGCCUCGCUGUGGAUCCGCAGUGUGGAAAAAAUGACGGGUUGGCUGGAAUGCGUUUCGGAGGACGCGGGUUCCAGCCGCCGCCCCUCUCCCGUCCUGUCCCGUCAAGUCCCCUCCCGAGUCGCCAGGGGGCGCUGCAGCGGUGAACCCUUCCAAAUUAGGGAGAAAAACAUUGGCGAUGAAAAUAAAUGCCUCUGUGUGGUUUUGUACCAACAGACUGUGGACAUAAACACGGGUUUACAGCUGUUUUGUGUACCAGUCAACUGAUACUCAAACCAGCAACUGGCUGAGGAGCAUUUUUUAAAUGUAUUUAUCUGAUGAGAUAAAAAGCGGUAGGUCAAGUUUGGGGGGGGACGACAAAAAAUGUUUUCAGAAUGUAACAUUAAACUGUCCGGGAAAUUUUAAAAAUACAUUUGAAAGCAAUU